GUUACCGGCCGACUGUCACCGGCCGUUGGCGCCGCGCGCUGCGGGUGCCGCGCAUGACAUCACCCCGCGCGGCAGCCCAUGCGCCGCCGGGCGGCGCGGCGUUACGCGGCCUCCCCCCCCCCACUCCGCCCCGUUCCCGGUGCGUGCGUGGGGGCGUGCCGGGGCUACCGCGUCGCGCCCGCCGCUCGCCCGCCGGAACGCACACCUCGCCCCUUCCUUCCCCGCCUCCGCCCCCGGCAGGGAAGAGGAUGGCGGAAAGCGAGGCCGAGACCCCCAGCACGCCGGGGGAGUUCGAGAGCAAGUACUUCGAGUACAAUGGGGUGCGGCUGCCGCCCUUCUGCCGGGGCAAGAUGGAGGAGAUCGCCAAUUUCCCGGUGAGGGACAGCGACGUCUGGAUUGUCACCUACCCCAAAUCAGGCACAGGCUUGCUACAGGAAGUGGUGUAUCUAGUGAGUCAGGGCGCUGAUCCAGAUGAGAUUGGACUAAUGAAUAUAGAUGAACAACUUCCAGUCCUAGAGUACCCUCAGCCUGGUCUGGACAUCAUCAAGGAACUGACAUCUCCUCGCCUUAUAAAAAGCCACCUACCGUAUCGGUUUUUGCCUUCGGACCUCCAUAAUGGCAAUUCAAAGGUAAUAUACAUGGCUCGCAACCCCAAAGACCUGGUGGUGUCUUAUUACCAGUUUCACCGCUCCCUAAGGACCAUGAGCUACAGAGGAACAUUUCAGGAGUUCUGCAGAAGGUUUAUGAAUGACAAGUUAGGAUAUGGUUCGUGGUUUGAACAUGUGCAAGAGUUUUGGGAACAUCACAUGGAUGCCAAUGUACUUUUUCUGAAGUAUGAAGAUAUGCAUAAGGACCUAGCAACAAUGGUUGAGCAACUGGUGAGGUUCUUAGGAGUUUCUUAUGACAAAGCACAGUUGGAAUCCAUGGUGGAACACUGCCAUCAACUCAUUGAUCAGUGCUGUAAUGCUGAAGCACUUCCCGUUGGCAGGGGACGAGUUGGGCUAUGGAAAGACAUCUUCACUGUUUCAAUGAAUGAGAAAUUCGAUUUAGUUUAUAAACAGAAGAUGGGAAAAUGUGACCUCACAUUUGAUUUUUAUUUAUAAAAGUGCAUGCAUAUGGUAUCCAAAUAUAGCUAGAAGUGCUUUAUGCAUUCAUUUAUUACCUGCUGGACAAACUACUGUAGCUAUUAUGUGUAACGAGAUUUAAAGAAAGAAAAACAAUCUAAGUAAACCAUAUCAGAUACAAUUAUCUUUGAUCCUAAACAGCUGUUUAUCUUCUAGUAUUUUAAUCCUUUGUCCACAUGCAAGAACGUCCUAGACAAUACUAGAAUAUUCAGCUGUUAUGGAAUGUAUUAUAUACGUAUAAGGUAUGUAUCAUAUAUGCAACUAGAAUGUACACCUUUUCAGCCCCACAUUGAUUAUUUAAUGUGUUUUAUAAAAGCUUUUCACUAGAACCUAAAUAAAUGUCCGUAAACCAAAUAAAAAAUUAUUUCAGAGGGAAACAAGGAACAGGCCAAAACUGUAUGCUAGAAUGAUCUCAGGGGUUAAUUGUCACAUUUAUUUUUAUAGCAGGUAUAUCAAGUAUAAAUAAAUCCCAUUCCAAAAUAGUAACUGAUCAAAGUGGGGUUCACAUUAGGUUCUGCACACCCUUAUCUGUAUAAUUUGAGUAGGUUCUGUGCACUGGCAUACUUUGCAAGACAGGCCUUGUUAUGAAAUAUAGCUGCGAUUGUCGCUCUGAUCCUAAAACCCACCCACACUUUCAUGGUUGACAGCACACAGCUGUUUUCCUGAUGGAUGAAGUUCAGUUCCAUGCUGAAGGUCAGCAAUCAGAAGCUUCUUAAGCCCCCAAGUCUUAAUUUGGUCCCUCAACAUGAGGCUUAAAAUGAAGGCAUCUGGUGCAGGGUCUUUGUUGAGGAAUCGGAGUCUCUGACCCAUAUCGCUUUCCUGUAUAGACAUGAAUUUCACCCAUUAGAUAUAGUAAGAUGCUGGAUGUCCUCUAGCUCCACUAAAAGUUAAGGGCACUUAGCACUGUUUACGGUUUGUGCUACUGGACUCCACCAGACCUAAGUGGAAGAUGAAUAUACGUGCCAGUACAAGUAGGCAGAGGAAACAGCAGCACUGAAGGAAGAGAGUUUAAAAAUACGCCACCAGGUGGGAGUAUUGCACAAAUAUUCAUGCAGAAUACAGUUUCAGUAAUUGUUAGCCAUGACUGGUCUGGAUUAUAAUCAGGAUUCAAGUUUAUUUCUGUAUCUUUUUUUUUUUUAUUCUCUAUGACAAGUAUACAAACAGCCUGAAGCAGGCUACUAUCACUAUAAACCUCUCUAGAAUUAUUUUAUUGUUCCGUUAGGUAAUGACAUGUACGCUUUUUAGGUUCUCAGCUGCAGGAGGCCCAUUUUUCCUAGUCAAAUAUUCAGGCUCACCAAAAGCCAUGAGGAAGGACUAGCAGAUUUUUAGUGUUUCAGUUCUGUUGGGAAACAAACUGUCAGUUCAGCAACUGGCAAGUGGUGUAGCAUGAUGUGGCUUGACAGCACUUUUCCUUGUAUAUUUGUGAGUGAAAAUGCUUUCAGUGAAAUUUUAUUUCUAUUUUUAUAUUUUUAGUACUGUAUCAAUAUUAAGCACUACACAUUAUACUUCUGUGCUUGCUUGCUUAUUGAAUAAAAGAUGUGUUCCAUG